CCGGUUCACACAGUUCCCUGUUGCCCCCAGGGUCCUGCCGUGUCUGCCAGGAUGGCCCUCCAGGGUGGUGGCACCAAGGAGCCUGAGACCCACAGCGACCGCUGCGUCCGGCUCUGCAACCCGAACAUCGCGACGAUGAAGGAGGACAUCCUCUACCACCUCAGCCUCAGCACCAGCUCGCACGACCUCCCGGCCAUGUUCGGGGACGUGAAGUUCGUGUGCGUCGGGGGCAGCCCCUCCCGGAUGAGUGCCUUCGCCAAGUACGUGGCCUCGGAGCUGGGCCUGGGCCGGCUGGGCGAGGACUUCCCCAACAUCUGCUCUGGGACCGACCGCUUCGUCAUGUUCAAAGUGGGGCCCGUGCUGUCGGUCAGCCACGGCAUGGGCAUCCCCUCCAUGGCCAUCAUGCUGCACGAGGUGCUCAAGCUGCUGUACCACGCCCGCUGCUCGGGCGUCACCGCCAUCCGCCUGGGCACGUCGGGCGGCAUAGGUGAGUGGCCGCGUGGCCGGGCCUUGCCUGUUCUUAGAACGUUACUGGGCAACACCUUGUGCACCCUGGACUUCUACGAAGGGCAGGGCCGUCUGGACGGGGCCCUGUGCUCCUACACGGAGCAGGACAAACAGGAGUACCUGCGGGCGGCCCACGCGGCCGGCGUCCGCAACAUCGAGAUGGAGUCGUCUGUCUUGCGUCUGCCUUCCGCCCGCCCUGUCCCUGAGCCUGUGCUGGACGGGGUGACGCCUGUGAUGGUCAUGUGGCCGAGGGCAGGAUUCUCCGUAUCUGGGAGCCCCGGGCCACCAGGUGGGCUGAGGACGGUGGCACCAGCUCCCUCAGGUUUUCUGGGCAGCAAGGCCACCACCAACCCUGCGGUGGGUCUGGCUUUCAGCCUUGGAUUUGAGAGCCCUGCCUCCCAGCCGGGGAUGUGCCUGGGACUCGGUGGCUCCUUGUCUGGUCGGUGCACUGAGCUGGAAGCCCUGCCCUUCCCGCUGACGGGACCUUUGCCCUCCGCAGCGGCCGUGGUGUGCGUCACCUUACUGGACCGCCUGCGGGGGGACCAGGUCUCCAGCCCCCAGGACCUGCUGGCCAAGUUCGAGCAGCGGCCACAGCGGCUGGUCGUCCACUUCAUCAAGAAGAGGCUGGCGGGGGCCUGAGGUCCCUGCGUCCCGGAGACCGACCGAGCUCGUCGCGGCUGCAAAUAAAAUCGCUGUCCAGUCC